AUGGAUUCUGACCGCAAGAUGUGCACUGUUCUGGAUGGUGAGGAGGGAAAGAAGUACAGUGAACUCCCCAGGUUUUACAGACAACAAAAAGAUGGACCUUCAUCACAAUAUUGUGCAUCACUUGAAAGUUUGGUACUCACUGAAAAAGGGGCUGGUAUUGAACUCUCUGAGCCUCAUUCCCAGGUACGACUGCUUCUUCAAGUGCAGGCCAUCCAGAAUAAGACUGUCAGAGUUUCGGUUAAUGAACUGCAACCACUCAAAGCCCGCUAUAAAGUUGAAGAUGUCUUGGAUGGAGAGCCGAUUUGUGAGCAAUUGAGAGUUCAGAGGAAGAGCAAGGACUUUGUCAUUUUAACAUGGGGCUUAGGGCAACAUCAAGUCCAGGUCUUUUCUUCCCCUUUCCGACUUGAUGUAAUUUGCGAGGAUGAGGUGACUGUGACGCUCAAUCCAAGGGGACGACUGCAUUUUGAGGGCCUGCCCAGGUCUUCUUCAGGAUUGUAUCAGCACAAAGGUUCGUUGAAGAAGAGGAUCAGACAACAGAAUAUCCCAACAAGUGGUUCCAGUUCUGUUGGCCUUGACCUCCGUCUCCAUGGUUACAGUGAUGUCUAUGGACUCCCAGAGCAUGCUGACAGCUUCCGGUUGAAAGACACCAGUGAUACCACACCCUAUCGGCUCUAUAACCUGGAUGUGUACGCCUAUCCCAUCAACAGCAGACGAGGCCUCUAUGGUUCUGUACCUCUCUUGCUGGCUCACAAGCUAAACAGAACAGUGGGUGUUUUCUGGCUUAAUGCAUCUGAGACUCUGGUUGACCUCCAGUUCUCCCCAAAGAGCAAGGAGGUAAACUCUGCAGGUGAUGGAACCCCAGAGGCAGAUGUGAACUGGGUGUCAGAGAGUGGAGUAAUUGACUGCUUUAUACUUCUUGGACCAACACCUGCCAAGGCUUUCUGUCAGUAUGCAGAACUGACAGGAUACCAGGCUCUGCCAUCUCUCUUUUCCCUGGGAUAUCAUCAGUGUCGUUGGAACUACAAUGAUGAGGCUGAUGUGAAAGAAGUGGACGCUGGUUUUGACAAACAUAAUAUUCCAUAUGAUGUUAUCUGGUUAGACAUUGAGCACACAAAAGGGAAACGCUACUUCACCUGGGAUCCUAAAUGUUUCCCCAACCCAGUGGACAUGCAGGAACACCUACAAAGAAAGAACAGGAAGCUGGUUGUCAUCAGUGAUCCUCACAUCAAAGUUGACCCUGACUGGCCCUUUUUCUGUGAGGCUAGAGACAGUGGCUAUUUCAUAAAGAAUAACAAGCACGAUCUCUACAAAGGCUCCUGUUGGCCAGGUUCCUCUUGUUAUCUGGACUUCAGCUACUCACAAACAAGGUCAUGGUACGCUAGAUGCUUUGCGCUUGACAAAUACGAGGGCUCAACAGAAUCCUUGUUUGUAUGGAUUGACAUGAAUGAACCUUCUGACUUUUCUGGGCCUGAGAAAACAUUGCCUAAAGACACAGUGCAUCAUGAAGGUUGGGAGCAUCGAGACCUGCACAACCUGUAUGGCUUCUACCAGCAUAUGGCUACAGCAGCAGGUCUUGUGACUCGUUCUGGUGGUUUGGAGAGACCGUUUGUCUUAUCACGUUCCUUCUUUGCUGGUUCACAGAGAUUUGGUGCAAUAUGGACUGGUGACAACGUGGCUACUUGGGAGUACUUGAAGAUUUCAAUCUCCAUGCUACUGUCCUUGAGUGUGUCAGGGAUUCAUUUUUGUGGAGCUGAUGUUGGAGGCUUCGUGCAGGACCCAAAACCUGAGCUGUUGGUACGCUGGUACCAAGCAGGGGCCUUGCAGCCUUUCUUUCGCGGCCAUUCGUCUAGAACAUCUAAGCGACGUGAGCCUUGGCUUUUUGGAGAGGAUGUGACCUCAGCAGUGCGUUCGGUUAUUCAGCAGAGAUAUUGCCUUCUGCCUUACUGGUACACCCUCUUUUACCAAGCUCAUACAUCUGGCCAACCACCCAUGAGACCACUGUGGGUGGAGUUCCCAUUGGAGAAAAGUAUCUUCAGAGUGGAAAACUCCUAUAUGAUAGGUAGUGCUCUUCUGGUUGCCCCAGUCACUGAUCCAGGAGUCAAAGAGGUCACUGUUUUGCUUCCUGGGCCAGAUGAGCUAUGGUAUGAUGUUUGCACCUCUGAGGUAUACAAAGGGGGAAGAUCUCUGAGUGUUCCUGUUACUCUGGAUACUGUGCCCAUGUUCCAACGAGGGGGUACAGUGGUGUUCCGGAGAGCAGGAUGUGGCUCCAGUACAGCUGAUCUCCAGCAAUACCCUUUCAUUCUCACUGUUGCUCUAGACAACAAGGGCAGUGCUGAGGGUCUGCUGUACCUGGAUGAUGGCCACUCAUUCAGUUACAGGGAUCAGAAGCAGUUCUCUCUCUUUAAUUACACCAUGCGGGCAGGCUGCCUUGUUAGUAGUUGUUCAGAUGAACAGGGCAUAUUUGUCUCAGCGGAAAAAGUGGACACAGUCAUCAUACUCGGGGUUAACAUGAAGCCGUCCAAUGUGACUGUACUCAAAUCAGGUGGCCAGGAGGACACAUGUGGUUACCAGUAUGAUGAAAUGAAAAAAAGGCUAACGAUACAUGAUCUAAACCUGGAGGUACACACAGACUGGGAGAUCAAGAUAGAAUAG